GCAAAAGCAAGAAGGCUGCUUCUAUGUGGUCCCCAGGGCUAUUCAGGAAAACUGAUCAAAUCCACGUCUUGAAUUUUAAGUAUCCUAUUCUAUUCUAUUGCUGAUCCCAAAGGUACUACUGGACAGAUGCAAAUCCGAGCGGUAUAAUUCCGGACGAGGACCCGGACUGGGAGAAUUUGCUACAUUUUCUCCCGCCUCUGGCCUUUUCCCGCCUCGUUUUCGCAACCGCGUCUGCUGGAGGCGUAACUAAAAAGCUGCCGCACAUCAACCGGGAGGAAGAUCCCUCGAAAUUAUCGAGGCGGCCGGGAGCGGUCGGGCGCACCGUGAGGCUGGCGGCCGCGCAAGGGGACCAAGAGACACCCGAAGCCUUUUGGGGAGUCCCGGCUGUAGGUUGCUUACAAAGCCACGUUCAGGGUCAGCAAAUUAGAUUUGCUAUCUGGAUGCUUAGCUGCGCCUCAGGGAGUUUUUACAGCAGCAGGAUUCCUUCCUUCUUGGGAGCGGAUUGCAGACAGGAGGAUGGAUGACGUAAGGGAACACCCAUUUCUCCCCCAUUGAAACCACAAGAUCAGAUUGUAUUCAGCUUUUCAACUGUGACUAAAAGACACACUCAGUUAUGGACUGGGGAGCUCUACAAGCCAUCUUAGGAGGUGUAAACAAACAUUCCACCAGCAUUGGGAAAAUCUGGCUCACUGUCCUGUUUAUUUUCCGUGUUAUGAUUCUUGUAGUUGCAGCGGAAAAUGUCUGGGGAGACGAGCAACAUGAUUUCUCUUGUAAUACCCUACAACCUGGUUGUAAAAAUGUCUGCUAUGACGAGCAUUUCCCAGUUUCUCAUAUUAGACUUUGGGCUCUCCAACUUAUCUUUGUCUCUACUCCUGCUCUGUUGGUGGCCAUGCACGUGGCAUUCAGAAGGCAUAAGAAAAAACAGGAAUGCAGACAAAGGAAGAUGGACAUUGAAGAUCUCAAAACGCAACGGUUUCAUAUUGAGGGUCCUCUGUGGUGGACAUAUACUAGUAGCAUUUUUUUCCGAAUUAUCUUUGAGGUAGCCUUCAUAUAUAUAUUUUACUACAUAUACAGAGGCUAUCAAAUGCCUCGGGUAGUGAGAUGUACUGCUUUUCCUUGCCCAAAUACAGUUGACUGUUUUAUUUCCCGACCCACUGAAAAAACAGUAUUUACCGUUUUUAUGCUUGCGGUUUCGGGCGUUUGUAUGUUUUUAAAUGUGCUUGAAUUAUCUUAUUUAGUGAUAAAGUUUUGCACGAAGAAGACAAGAAAUGUAAAUUCAAUGUCUAAUCAUUAAAUGUCUAUAUUAUUGAUCUUUUAUUUUGUAUUAAUUGUAAACAUUAGUCAACAAUACCACCAGUCAUCAUGAAAAUUGUAUGGAAUCUUAUUUUAAUAGCCAUAAUUAUAUUGUUGGAAGAAAAGAAAAGCCAAAUUUUACUACUGAAAUUAUUCCAAGAACGAUGCUUCUAAACAGCUAAUUAGCUUCUAAACAGCUAAUUUGUUUUUAAUGACUAGAUAAUAUUCUAAAUGCUUUUAAAUUAAUUGGCUGAUAUCCAUCUUCUAAAUUCAUUAUUUAAUACACGCCCACAAUCCUCAAACACAUCUAUAUGCGUCAGGAUCUUCCAAUAUUAAAUUUAUACAAAAGGUUUGGAUUUAAUUGUUAUGUUGGCUGGUUUAUUGGACUGAGAAUAUACUUAAUUCAUGACUUUUGAUGUAAUUUAUAGUUCUGUUUGUUAUACAUAUUGUUUGUUUCACUGUUAAGACUAUGAAUUGCUGUUUCAUAACCACUACUCCAGUUAUUUCACUAAUAAUAAUCAUAUUUUUACUAUAUGUUUACUCAUAACUAAAUUAUAUUUCCCAUACCUGGACAUUUGUUGUUACAGGAAGAGUUAAAUAAUACGAUGUAAUGUAUAGAACUAUGCUUAAUAAAUAAAAAAUGGUGCCAAU